AUGCACUGCCAACUUGGCACUCACCUUGUUUUCAUAGCAGCCGACUUUCUCGCAGAGUGCCUCCCGUCGCUUGCCCAGCUCGCGAACCUGUCGCAGUUCACGCGCAACGGACGUGCUGGCUCCGAGCUGUGCCUGGUGAUGCGCUUCGACAAGAUUCCAACUCGUCCCUGGAUUGAAAGAGAAACGCGUGACAGGGACGAGUUGGAAUCUGUCGAAGCGCAUCACCAGGCACAGCUCGGAGCCUACGUACAGACAUGCACAAACUUGGUUCGCGAGCUGGGCAAGCGACGAGAGGCACUCUGCGUGAAGGUCGGCUGCUAUGAAAACAAGUACAAGGAUUUGGGGUCUGAAGUCGACUCGCUAAAGCGACAGGGCGAACAAGCACGCAGCCACGAGAGCGCCGAGUUAGCGGACUACAUGGAGCAGAUCAGACACCUGGAGGAGGCACAAUCCCGCAGGAUUGCAGCCGAGAUUGAGAACGUUAAAAGCGGUGUAGAGCGAGCGACACAGUUGAAGAUCACAGAAAUGAGUGCAUUGGUGGAAGAGUACAAGUGCGACUGUGACCAGCAGCUGGAAGAUAAAGGCAACGACUGUUCUUCUCUCGAACGAAAAUAUCAAGAUGCGCUUGAAAAUCUGUAUACGGUGAACGAGGCUCAAUGUGAUGAAAUGAGAGCAGAAAUGGAAAAGUUGAAGGAAGCAUUGAAGCAGAAGACUCCACCUUUGCUCGAACCGGUCUCAGUGGCCAAGUCGCCUUACAAGGGCGGCAUUCUCAAGCCCCUCGCCACGGGGGAGGUCGUAAAUAGAAGGCAAAAGGUUUGGUAUCUGUCCGACUCCGAGGGCUCAGAGGGCUCGGAGAUCAUGGAUUUUACGACUCCACCUUGGCUCGCACCGGUCUCAGUGGCCAAGUCGCCUUACAAGGGCGGCAUUCUCAAGCCCCUUGCCACGGGGGAAGUCGUGAAGAGAAGGCGAAAGGUCUUGCAUCUGUCCGACUCCGAUGGCUCGGACGUCAUGGAUUUCAUAGUCGAUGAAGAGCUGCUAGCAAGUGUGUCGGGCGUGAUGCCAUCCAAGCGAACUGAACAGGCGGGGGCAGCGGGCAAGAUGAGAUCUGACAUCGUUCUCACGACGCGUGACGAGGUGAUGCUGCCAGCGGUGCAGACGACUCCACCUUGGCUCGCACCGGUAACAGUGGCCAAGUCGCCUUACAAGGGCGGCAUUCUCAAGCCCCUUGCCACGGGGGAAGUCGUGAAGAGAAGGCGAAAGGUCUUGCAUCUGUCCGACUCCGAUGGCUCGGACGUCAUGGAUUUCAUAGUCGAUGAAGAGCUGCUAGCAAGUGUGUCGGGCGUGAUGCCAUCCAAGCGAACUGAACAGGCGGGGGCAGCGGGCAAGAUGAGAUCUGACAUCGUUCUCACGACGCGUGACGAGGUGAUGCUGCCAGCGUUGCAGACGACUCCACCUUGGCUCGCACAGGUCUCAGUGGCCAAGUCGCCUUACAAGGGCGGCAUUCUCAAGCCCCUCGCCACGGGGGAAGUCGUGAAAAGAAGGCGAAAGGUCUUGCAUCUGUCCGACUCCGAUGGCUCGGACGUCAUGGAUUUCAUAGUCGAUGAAGAGCUGCUAGCAAGUGUGUCGGGCGUGAUGCCGUCCAAGCGAACUGAACAGGCGGGGGCAGCGGGCAAGAUGAGAUCUGACAUCGUUCUCACGACGCGUGACGAGGUGAUGCUGCCAGCGUUGCAGACGGCGAUUGAGAUCUCCGCGUUGACAGGAGAGGUCGAACAAGAGAUGAUGGCCUCUGCAUCGCCUUCAAUCAAGCUUCCUGCAAAACAGCGAUACUCACCCUUUGACUGGUUUGAUAGUCCAGAUGUCGACACCACUUCUGAAUCUGAGGAUUAAAAAAGAAUCGGAGUUUUUCUUGAGCGACGUUGUUUUACGCUCCAAUGUUCUUGGUGAAAUGAGUAGCCAGGGUGGAGACUUUUAGCCACCGCAGUUCAAAUGUUUUGGGUGUUCAGUUUGAAGUCGCUGCUUUUCAACAAAAACAACAACACUGGUUAACAAAAAAACAACAUUUUUUUCUGGCCUGGACUUUUGCAGCUGUUCUAGACUAAUUUCAGGGUGCUGAUUCCAAAUCUGAUCUCAGAUUUGCUCUAUCACAUCUCAUUUUUAAAUCCUUUAUAUUAAGUUCGCUUGCUUGCUUGCUUAGGACCGUGCAAAUCUUUCGGUCGUUUUUUAACCCACUUCCCGUGAUCCAAUCGAGCUGACAUUUUGCACACAGACUCGUUGUGCGUGACAAUUAAUGUUCGUUUUCCAAAAUUUUACACUGUUUAGGGAAAACAAAUAAAAUAUUUAAUUACCAAUUGCUUAAUACUGGCAGACAAUCAUCUGACCCAUAGGUGGCAGCCAUCUCAAGCCAGAGGACGAGAGGACUCUAGCCGCCACGCAUAUAAAGGAUUUAUAGUGAAAAACUUUGUUUUUACGGGUUAUACUUGUUAUGCUAUCGGCAUACCCCAUUUUCAUUAAUUUUACCCGAAAUUAACUCUGUCACUUAUGAUUGCAAGUUG